CUGACACCAAUCACAUAUCACAAAGCAGUAGUAAAGAAGGUGGUGAUAAUAGUGAAGUAGGCAGUAAACUAGCCUCACUACCACCUGGUGGACCACCAGUCAACUUAAAAGACUCUGGAGAUGAAGGUUCAUCAACCAGCUGUUCACCAUCAGAGAAUGCUGGUGCAAAGACAGUCGCUUCAGUGGCCGCCGCCGCUGCAGCUGCUGCUGCCAGUGCUGUUGCGGCUGAACGCAAACUUGCUGAAGUGACAACAAAGUCGAGAGAUUUAGAAGCCUCGAAUACAACUCUUCAAAAGGAAUUAUCUAGAGCUCAUGAUCAGAUUUCUCGUUUACAAAGAGAACUAAGAGAGUUAGAAGCUCAACGUGAAGAUCAAGAAGCGCGUAUUGCAACACUGGAACAACGUUAUCUUUCAACACAACGUGAAGCUACUGGUACUUUGGAUCGACUAAGUCGAGCUCAAUCAGAGUUGAUUACUCGUGAAAUUGAAUUAAAACAAGCCAAAGAUCAUGCAAAUCAUUUAGCCAGUGAAUUAGAAAUAGUUCAAAAUGAAUUAGCUAUUGUUAAGGUGAAUACAACACCCAAUCAACCACAGCAGCAGCAACAACAGUUGAACAAAUUAUCCAGUAAAACAACUAAUACAGAUCAAUCACCUAUUGAAAAUGGUGAAUUCACUGAAUCCACAGACACUGACAAUAGUAAUAACAAUAAUAGUAAUGAUGACAAUGACAAUGGAUCUAAUCAAGUAACAGAAAUUCGUCGUAAAAAGAAAACUUCUGAAUUAAAUGAUAAUUCUGCUACUGCAUCUUGUGUUGAUGAAUUACGUGUUCAGCUGUCAACAGCUGAAGAACGUAUUAAAGAUAUGGAGGCCGAAAUGAAUGAAAUUCAAUCAGAAUUACAAAGAGCUAGACAACGGGAACAAUUGAAUGAAGAUCAUAGUUCACGAUUAACUGCUACAGUUGAUAAAUUACUGUUAGAAUCAAAUGAACGCUUACAAACUCAUUUACGUGAGAAAAUGGCUGCAUUAGAAGAGAAAAAUCAACUGCACACCGAAUUAGAUCGUUUACGACGUCUACUUGAAACCAGUCAGACUGAAAGAGAUCGUGCUCUAGCUGAUAUGGAACGAUUACGGCGUAGUUCAGCGACAACAACACCAACUGCUCUUGGUUUACAAGGCGAUACAUAUUCAAGUGGUUCGCAUAGCCUUCGAAGAAUGCCGCGCAAUGUUUCAAGCAGUCGAACAGAUCAGUCUCUAUUAGACAACGGGGAAGUAAACAUAGACGAAUUAGAUAGCAGUAAUAAUAGUAAUUCACUGAAACGCAUUAAACGUACUGCCGGCAAUUCAGAUUGGUUAGAUACAGAUAAUGAGGCGGCAACAAGUCCAGUUAGCCGAGGUCAAUCAGAUCUUGGCACUGCGAAUACAGAUGCUCAACGAUUAGCUUUAAUGAUACAAAAUCAAUUGGAUGCAAUUAACAAAGAGAUUAAAAUGAUACAGGAAGAGAAACAAACUGCUGAACAGUUAGCUGAAGAACUAGAACUCCGCGUUGGUACAAAUCGUAAUGGAAGUUCUGAUGGCCAACUAAUGGAAGAAUAUUAUCAACACCAGCAUCAACAACAACAACAACAGCAACAACUACAACAACAACGAGGUGGUAUUGGUGGUGUUAACGACCCAAGUGGAGCAUACUACUACAUGAAUCAAGAUACACGUCUCCAUUCGAAUAAUGUUAUGCCUAGCUUGUUACCAAAUUUUGGUCCAACUGGUUGGUCCCCACCUCCAUCACCGUUAAGCUCACGAUCAACACCAUUUGGUGGGAUAUCAAAUGAUUCAUUCAGUGGUAGUUUCAGUAAUCCUGCACGUAAUACAUCCUCUUUGCCUGGUAAAGAAACAGAGAGAUCAUUGCCUCAAUAUCUGCCUUCAUUAGAUCCUUCACGUAAUAUUCAACACCAACCCCCGCCAGUACAACAGUAUUCACAGUCAACUACUGGUAACAGUUUUAUGUCACGUAGUAGUCAAUUUGAACAACAAAGAUCGAUGUCAGCUGCUGGACGUCCAUUGCAUCAGUCUAUGGGUAUGAAUGGUAGUUUUGUCUCAACACCACAUCUUAAUCCUCAAUCCUCAUCAUCAUCCUCUUCAUCACCGUCUGUUGUUGUCACACAGAGUUCAAACAAUAAAUCUACAAUUUCAGCAGCUAGUAUAAGUACAACAUCAAUUACUACUAAUGGGGGAGGGCCUACUAGAAGUGUAACCUUAGCUGAUGCUAUUGCUGGUCUUGAACUACUGGAUCAUAUGCGUAAGGAACGUAGCGCCCAACAACAACAGCAGCAACAACAGUACCAAAAGAAUAACAAAUUUGCUUCAUGUGUUAUCACUGAAAAUCCCUAUGAAUUUGGACCUGAUGAAUAUUCAACAGUGUCUACUUUAGAAUUGAGUCGUGUUAGCUCAUCCUCUGAAACUGUUAUCUCUGAAACGAAUACAAAGUCACAGCAACAACAACAACAACAGAAACUUCAACCUACUGAUGAAUCCCAACGAUUGCGAAAAUUAAGUAAAGACAAUAACAACAACAACAAUAAAUUUGUUGUAAGAAAUACAGAGUCGAAUCAUUCAAAUAUAACAACAUCGAAGGUUAACAAUGGUUUAAUAACAUCUGAUGAUUUAAUACAAGGUAGUUUAAUAAAUCAACCACUUCGUCCUGUUUCACAACUUCAAUAUCAUUUACCAAAUGCUCCACCGCCUCCACCUCUUCCUCUUCCACCACCUUCUUCAGCUUCUCUUCCUCCUGCAUCGUCAUCAUCAACACUACCGCCUUCUGUUAGUCCAAAUGUAUCAAUACUACUACACAGGGUAUAG